UCCCCUCAUAUCCUUCCAUAUCCCUACAAAUCCAACAAUAUCUUUUUGAUCCAUCGAUGCACCCAUCCCUUGAUAUUAAAUUUUAUCCUUCAGAAUCCACAGUAUCUAAUAUACCACAAACCACAAAAUCUAAUCCUUUAAUCUUAUUAAAUUCAAAUUUUUGCUGCAUUUUUGGCGCCGCAGGCGAAAAUUUUUUGAAUUUUGGAGCUCAAGAAGCCAAAUUUCCUCCAUUUUCAGCGCCGCAGGCGAAAAUUUUGAGAAUUUUGGAGCUCAAGAAGCCAGAUUUCUUCCAUUUUUCAGCGCCGCAGGCAAAAUUUUGGGAAUUUUGGAGACUUUUCCUUAAAAAUUUUAAUAUCAAAGUACGCAAGGUCCGAGUAAAGUUCAAAAAAUUUCCGUCAUUAGGGGUGUAAAU